CGCGCCCCCCGCCCCGCCGCCCCGCCCGCGCCCCCGGGCCGCGCCCCCGCCCCCCAUGCACCACCUCCUGCAGCAGUCGGCGGACAUGGCGACCGCGCUGCUGGCCGGGGAGAAGCUGCGCGAGCUGAUCCUGCCGGGCGCGCAGGACGACAAGGCGGGCGCGCUCGCCGCGCUGCUGCUGCAGCUCAAGCUGGAGCUGCCCUUCGACCGCGUGGUCACCAUCGGCACCGUGCUGGUCCCCAUCCUGCUCGUCACCCUGGUCUUCACCAAGAACUUCGCAGAGGAGCCCAUUUACUGCUACACGCCGCACAACUUCACUCGCGACCAGGCGCUGUACGCUCGCGGCUACUGCUGGACGGAGCUGCGGGACGCGCUGCCCGGCGUGGACGCCAGCCUGUGGCCGUCGCUGUUUGAGCACAAGCUGCUGCCCUACUCGCUGCUGGCCUUCGCGGCCAUCAUGUACGUCCCCGCGCUGGGCUGGGAGUUCCUGGCCUCCACCCGCCUCACCUCGGAGCUCAACUUCUUGCUGCAGGAGAUCGACAACUGCUACCACCGCGCCGCCGAGGGCCGCGCCCCCAAGAUCGAGAAGCAGAUCCAGUCCAAGGGGCCCGGCAUCACGGAGCGCGAGAGGCGCGAGAUCAUCGAGAACGCCGAAAAGGAGAAGAGCCCGGAGCAGAACCUGUUCGAGAAGUACCUGGAGCGCCGCGGCCGCAGCAACUUCCUGGCCAAGCUGUACCUGGCGCGGCACCUGCUGAUCCUACUGCUCAGCGUGGCGCCCAUCUCCUACCUGUGCACCUACUACGCCACGCAGAAGCAGAACGAGUUCACGUGCGCGCUGGGCGCGUCCCCGGACGGGCCGGCAGGGGGCGCGGCGGCGGGGGCGGCCGCCGUGCGCGUCAGCUGCAAGCUGCCGUCCGUGCAGCUGCAGCGCAUCGUGGCGGGCGUGGACAUCGUGCUGCUGUGCGCCAUGAACCUCAUCAUCCUCGUCAACCUCAUCCACCUCUUCAUCUUCCGCAAGAGCAACUUCAUCUUCGACAAGCUGCACAAGGUGGGCAUCAAGACGCGCCGGCAGUGGCGCCGCUCGCAGUUCUGCGACAUCAACAUCCUGGCCAUGUUCUGCAACGAGAACCGCGACCACAUCAAGUCGCUCAACCGGCUGGACUUCAUCACCAACGAGAGCGACCUCAUGUACGACAACGUGGUGCGGCAGCUGCUGGCCGCGCUGGCCCAGUCCAACCACGACGCCACGCCCACCGUGCGCGACGCGGGCGUGCAGACCGUCGACCCCAGCGCCAACCCCGCCGAGCCUGAGGGCUCCGCCGAGCCGCCCGUGGUCAAGCGGCCGCGCAAGAAGAUGAAGUGGAUCCCCACCAGCAACCCGCUGCCCCAGCCCUUCAAGGAGCCGCUGGCCAUCAUGCGCGUGGAGAACAGCAAGGCCGAGAAGCCCAAGCCCGUGCGCCGCAAGACGGCCACCGACACGCUCAUCGCGCCGCUGCUGGACGCGGGGGCGCGCGCCGCGCACCACUACAAGGGCGGCGGGGGCGACGCGGGGCCCGCCCCCGACAAGAAGCAUGCGCGCCACUUUUCCCUGGACGUGCACCCCUACAUCCUGGGCACCAAGAAGGCCAAGCCCGAGGCCGUGCCCGCCGCCGCCCUGCCCGCCUCCCGGAGCCAGGAAGGGGGUUUCCUGUCCCAGGCGGAGGAGUGCGCGCUCGGCUUGGCCGCAGCCCCCACCAAAGACGCUCCGCUCCCCGAGAAGGAAAUCCUGUACCCCGCAGAGCCGGCCCGCGCCACGCUUCCCCCCGGGGGCCCGUUUCACGUCUGCUCGCCCCCCGCAGCCCCCGCCACAGCUCCUCUGUCGCCAGCCAGCCUGGGCAAGCCCGACCCCCUGGCUAUCCUGAGCCGCAACGCCACGCACCCGCUGCUGCACAUCAGCACGCUGUACGAAGCCCGGGAAGAGGAGGACGGGGGUCCCCGGGCUCCCCCGGACGUGGGCAGCCUCAUCGCCAUCCCCCCGCCCCAGCAGAUGCUCAUCGCCACCUUUGACGAGCCCAGGACAGUAGUGAGCACUGUGGAGUUCUGAGGGGCAGGGCUGCCCGGCCGCCACAGAGCAGCGCAUGGCCCGGCAGUGCCGCUGACCGCAGCCCCGAGUGGGUGUGGCCCCUCUGCUUUGCCCCCCAACCGCCCGCACCUCCUGGCCUCCUGUCCGCAUGCCACGGGGCCCGGCACCUUGCCCACCCGGCCCCCGAGGCAGCACCGCCGGGGUGCCGGCCGGACCAGGGGCUGGCCUCGACCCCAGCGGAGCCCCCAGCCGGCAAGGCCUGGAGCCGCCUUCCCCCUCCCCCCGCAGCAGGCGCUCAGCUGUGAGAUUGAAGAGUGUAUUUUUUUAGUCCAUUUUGUCUUGGGUCCAGGAUGCCGGCCCUGAGGGGCCAGGCUGUGGCAGGACGCCUCUGGUCCUGAGCCUGGAAGGAGGCUGGGGGUGAGCACACCACCAGGCCUAGCUGUGCCCGAGGGGCCAUGCUCAGGUUUCCCCGCUGCAGGGACCAGGAGCCCCGGGGCGGGAGGUGCCGGGGCCCACCCUCCAUCAGAUCAACAUAUGCACUUUCUCCUCGUACCCCGACAUACCCGUACUUUAUUUUACUAUGAUUACUGUAACUACCGAGUGUACGUAUUAUCAGGACACAGGACGGCGUGUGCGUGGGCGCGUGAGCGAGAGGGUGAGGGCGCCAGCGUGCAAGUGGAUGUGUGCGUGAGUGGGCACGAGCGGGCGGGCGCCAGCGCGAAUGCACGGGUGUGUGACUGGGCACGGGGCUGAGACGGUGUGGACGCCAGCGUGCAAGGGAAGGAGUCCAACGCAAUAACCACGUCCCCCCACCCAGGCCACCAGCCCCCCACCUGAGGGCCCACGCUGCUUCCCGUGGGCACCCAGGGCUGGCGCUCGGAGGGUCUGUCCCUAUUACCUCAGCCACGGUGACAACGUGACAGUAUUAACAAGGUAGCACCGAGCAUAUCAAUAAAUAUUAUUCUGAUAC